GGUUACAAAACUCACGUGCUACAGUCUUAAUACGGUACGUGUCCAAGAAUUUGAUACCCACGAAUCGCAUCAAAAAGCAUCACAUCAAACAUAACUAAACAAUAGCGACAGCAGCACCUACACCAAGACAGGUUUCAUCAAAGUAGUAGUAGUAGUAUCACACAGUAGUAGCUACGUGAAUCGAAUUCCAAUGUCGGAGCCACUACAGCAUAGCCAAGGAAGCUGUAUCAAUAUCAACAGAGUGGUCUUCGUUGAUGAUAUCGAGAUGGGCAGCAACUCGAAUUUCGCUUCCAGCGAGAACACAACGACCGGAGACGAAGUAAUGGUGGAAGGUAUGGCAAACUCGAASGAGUUCUCCAUCGUGGGACCACUUCCCGACGAGAAUGAGAGAAACCAAGCGUCGUCUUCCGAAUACAGCCACGACAACAGCAGCAGGAACCAGAACCAGAGCACUUCCUUUCUAAAGAACCGAAAGGGCAAGGCUCUGCGCCGCGGCUCCGGCGCCACUCAGAGUACCUCCGGAAACAACAGCGGCCUCACCGGGAGCGUCUCGCUCCGAUCCCGGUCCUCCCACUCCACGGGGGGAUCCAGUGGCAGCGGCAGCGUGUACUCGCCCCAUUUCAAAGCGACCCCGCGGCCCAUUUGGUACGGUCGGUGGCUCUUUUUUACGCUGCUGUGCCUGGUAGCGGUAGCCCUCGGAUACCUCACCUACAGCUCUCUGUCGAACAACGAAACAAACUUGGCGGAUUGCGUUUUUGUGAAGGUUGCAGAGAACGCGAUCGAAGUCAUCAGCAGCAACCAGAAGAAGAAGAAGCUCGGAAUGGACACCAUGGCCAGCGUGAUCGGUGAGUACUUCUAAGGAAUCCAUUGGUUUGGAUACAAGUUUUAACGAUACAAUACAUAUGGCACGAGCCCGUGAUUCUUCGCACACUCAAAGCCCGAUACUCAUCGUUUUUUCUUUUCUCUCCUCCGUUCCGCAAACCCUGAUUCUUUAUUUCYGCACAGGAUCUACGGGAUAUGAUAGAGGCCAGUGGCCCUACGUCGCUCAGGACGACUACGAAGCAAUCGCCAUGAACGUUAUCGAUACAAGCAGGGGUUGCAACAUUGCCUACGGUCCCAUCCUGACCCCAGUCCAGGUUCCUUCCUUUGAGUUCUUCGCGGCGGACUGGUACCAGAAGUCUCGGGUGCCCGGUCCCUUUCCCAACGGUACGGGGAUCAAAACCAACGACCAGGUCGGGGUGUGGGCGAUGGACAACGGCACGGCMUUUCACGAUACCACCGGGGAAACCAUCGCCUGGGAUUCCGAGCGGCRCAUUGUCGUUCCCAUGUUCCAGCACCCUUCGGGGGCAUCRAAAAAGCUGAUGUUCAACAUGCACUCCUCCCCUCUAUUGGGAAGCACGAUAGAGAAGAUGAUGACCUGUGCGGAAGAGACAAAGGAGCUGAUUCUCGAGCACGAAAUCACGUACGCCAACCUUCCCGAUCCGCAAGACGGCGAGGAAGYGACAGAAGUUCCUCCCGUUCCUUCCCUUAAAGAUUGCACCAUGGUCACCGACAUUGCCCAAAACAAGACCAGUACCAUCCAGAAAGAACCGAUGGGACCCGGUGCCAACAUGUUGCAGCCAAUCUUUCCCGCAACAAAUACGACAGAGGUGAGUCCAUAACGGAAUGGUGUAGCUYAAUUGGUUUGUCAACAAGAUUUAUGCGCGUCUUCCACAAUGGAUUGGAAGGCAGCUAGCAUUGCAACGAAAGCAUCGGUUGCGCUCCUUUUCAUUUCUCACGGAACUCUUCUCUCUCUUUCUUGCAAUCUCUGACUCUCUUUGUCUUAUCGUUCCUACAACGUGCAGAUGGUUGGAGUGUUGGUUACGUCGAUUGUAUGGACUGAAACGAUGAUGGACGUAUUUUCUGCCAAUGUUGAUGGAGUUUAUGUCGUCGUUUCGACUCCUUCCGAAAGCGUGACCUUUACGGUCAACAAAGGAAAGGUAGAGUUCUUCGGAACCGGCGACUUGCACGACCCAAACUACGAUCACAUGAAGCAAGAAGGRAACAUUACUAUUCCUGGUCUUUUCGCCCCUCAGUCCGUUCCUUACACAAUCGCUCUCUAUCCGAGCGACACAGUAUACGACAUGUACUCUACAAAGAACCCAUACUACGCUACCAUCGGCGCCAUAUGUGUCAUGUUUUUCACAGUCAUCAUGUUCACGGCCUACGAUUGCAUGGUUCGAAGAGAAUUCAGCGCCAAGGCCGAACUCCUCAAGGCCAAGCGCCACUUYAUGCGCUAUGUGAGCCACGAGGUCAGAACGCCGCUGAACUCGGUGUGCAUGGGCCUGAAUCUCAUGCAAGAAGAGAUYCAAUCAAAACUCAGCUCUGCCGGUGCAGACGGCAGYMAGACCGCCUCGAUCACCAUCGACGAAGCCACUGCCUGGCUAGAUCUGAGCCGCGACGUUCACGUUAGCGCUCGAUCGGCCACGAAUGUCCUAAACGAUUUUCUGAACUACGACAAGAUCGAAUCGAGGCAGCUCACCCUGGAAUUGUCCGUGAUUCCGAUUCAAUCACUCAUUAGCGAAAUCUCCAAGGAAUUUGUCUUGCCCGCACAAGACAAAGCCAUUCAAUUCACGCUCACCCAAGAAAAARUUGACGCGACCGGAGUCGCUUGCACAAACAGUAGCAAUAACAACAGCAAUAUCAAGAGCAUCAAGAAAGUGGAAGUAGACCACACUGAUGAAAUCCAAUCGGAGCUACUAGAAGACCAGGUGGUUGUUGGUGAUAAGGCGCGUCUUUCCCAAGUGAUACGAAACGUGAUUUCAAAUGCUAUCAAGUUCACCCCCAGUAAGGGCUCGAUCACGGUCAAGUCCAAGUGGAUAGUCGCAACUGUUGGUGAGUCUACCAGCAUCAAUUUGCAGGACGGACAAACCGARGAUCUCCACCAGACCGGAUGGAUCCAACUCGAAGUGACGGACACCGGUCCAGGGAUGACCGAGGAACAACUAGCAACGGUAUUUGAAAGCGGCGUUCAAUUCAACGUUAACAAGAACCAAAAGGGAGGGGGAAGUGGUCUCGGACUUUUCAUUGCCAAGGGUAUUGUCGAUCAGCUCAAUGGAACACUUACGGUCCAUUCUGAUGGUCUGGGCAAAGGGUCGUCUUUCGUUUGCAAGCUCCCCCUCUUUUGCAAGCCCAAAGAACAAAAUCUGUGCAAUGUUCCCAUUGUUCAUCGGGACCAGUCCAUUACGGAACGGGUCUCGUCCAGCUGGCUGGACGAACAACACGAGCACGAUCAUUCCUACCGCAUACUGGUGGUUGACGAUGCUCCCAUGAACCGCAAGCUCCUGACCCGCCUCUUGAUGAAGCGUGGGCAUGUCGUCGAAAUGGCCGAGGACGGUCUAGAGGCUCUAGAAAAGGUCACGGCAGAAAUGAAGGUAGGAAARCGAUACGACACGAUUCUGAUGGAUUWUCAGAUGCCCGUAAUGGACGGUCCGACUUCGACGCAACGAAUCCGUAUGGAGGGGUGCGAUUCCUUCAUUGUGGGCAUCACYGGAAACGUCCUUCCUCAAGACAUCGAGCACUUCAAGGCCUGCGGUGCAGACGGUGUCCUYGGAAAGCCCUUCCAGGUGGAGGAACUCGAGUCCAUGUGGAUCGAGUACGGGGUUACGUCCGACGAGUAGUCAUGUUGGUCCACUAAUUUCUAGCCGUUGUUUGAACGGAAGUUUCRCAUCUGUACAGUUUUGUUGGGGUUGUUCAUGCCUUAUUGAUUGUAUACUACUAUCUUCURCAUACUACUUUCUACUUMAUUCCUUGGAUCUGUUAGUUCUGAAGAAYUAUAAUUGAURCUUUUGUCCUAUUACAGCUAUCAAYUUUUUACUAUAAAUGUACUCRUAAUCU